AUGAGUGGCAGAAAUGGAAGCGGUCUAAAACUUGACUUGAAUCUGAACCUACCGCCACCAACGAUUGUUAACCAAGGACUUGAGUCUUCGGCUCGAUCAGCAAUAGUGUCACUAACAUCAUCAUCAUACUCAUGUUUGUCCACUGAGCUCAACCAAGAUGACAACAACAACAACAACAACAACAACAAUCACGGAUACUCCAACAUCUCUGAAGCCAUUUCCAUUGUGCUAGUAGGGUGCCCUCAUUGCCUUAUGUAUGUGAUGAUCAAUGAGGGUGACCUCAAGUGCCCCAAAUGCAAAAGCAGCACUUUGAUUCAUUUUCUUAAUGAAAACAAUAUCCCAUAA